AUGGGAGCGCCAGCGCCAGAGAAAUCACAGACCAACGCUAGUUCGAUGCAGCGGGUCAAGGUGUACCGUCUGAAUGAAGAUGGAAAAUGGGAUGACCAGGGUACUGGGCAUGUAACUAUUGAUUAUUUGGAGAGAUCGGAGGAUCUGGGCUUAUAUGUUUAUGAUGAAGAAGACAAUGAGACCAUACUCUUGCAUCGUGUCAGUUCUGAUGAUAUUUAUAGGAAGCAAGAAGAUUCAAUAAUCUCAUGGAGGGACCCAGAAUAUGCCACAGAACUGGCGCUUAGCUUUCAAGAGCCUAGCGGAUGCUCUUACAUAUGGGACCAUAUUUGCAAUGUCCAGAGGAAUAUGCAUUUCAGUACUUUAAAUAGUGAGACAUUUCAGAGCACUAACAGUGAGUUGAAGGAAUUGCCUGCUGUUGAACUAACAACACUCCCUUUGAUUCUUAAGACCGUUGUUGACAGCAGCAUUUCAGAUCAAAUACGAAUAGCUGAGCUACUAUCAAGUAAUCAAGAAUUUUUCCGGAAGCUGAUGGGGUUAUUUAGAGUGUGUGAAGACUUAGAAAACAUGGAUGGCCUUCGCACAAUUUUCAAAAUUGUCAAAGGGAUCAUUUUACUUAAUAGUCCACCACUUCUUGAGAGAAUUUUCAAGGAAGAGUUCAUAGUGGACAUUAUCGGUGCCCUUGAGUAUGAUCCAGAAGUUACCUGUGUUCAGCAUCAUCGUAAAUUCUUAAAGGACCAUGUUGUUUUUAAGGAGGCCAUACCUAUAAAAGACCCCAUUGCUCUGGAGAAGAUACAUCAGACAUAUAGAGUUGGUUAUUUAAAGGAUGUUGUUUUGUCUAGAAUAUUAGAUGACGCGACUUGCGCAACCAUUAACUCCAUAAUACAUGCAAACAAUGCCUUUGUUAUUGCUAUGUUGAAGGAUGACAGUACAUUUAUCCAGGAGUUGUUUGCUAGGUUAAAAUCAUCCGCUACCUCUCAAGAAUCAAAGAAGAACUUGGUUCAUUUCUUGUAUGAGUUUUGCAGUGUAAGCAAGAGCUUACAAAUGGUCCAGCAGCUUCGGCUUUUUAGGGAUCUGAUGAAUGAAGGCAUCUUUGACAUUAUCAGCGAUGUUCUGCAAAGUCAAGACAAGAAGCUUGUGCUAACUGGAACAGACAUCCUCCUUCUUUUUAUGAAUCAAGAUCCUAAUCUUCUGAGAUCAUAUGUUGUUCGGCAGGAGGGAAUUGCUCUUCUAGGACUCUUGGUUAAGGGAAUGGUAACUGACUUCGGAGAGAGCAUGCACUGCCAGUUUCUUGAGAUUCUUCGAAUUUUAUUGGACUCAAGCACAUUGACUGGACCACAGAGGGACACUAUCAUUGACAUCUUCUUUGAGAAGCAUUUGGGUCAACUUAUUGAGGUUAUAACGGCGUCAUGUCCCUCAGACAUUAUUGCCGAUGCAAGUUGCAAAUCCUUAGGUCCUGAACAAGGUGUUCAGUUUCAGCAUGGAACAAAACCAGAGAUAUUAUCGAACAUAUGUGAAUUACUAUGCUUUUGUGUCCUUCAUCACCCAUACAGGAUAAAGGGCAAUUUUCUUGUCAAUAAUGCAAUUGAGAAAAUUUUGCUACUGACACGGAGAGCAGAAAGAUACUUAGUUGUCUGUGCUGUCCGGUUUGUUCGAACUGUUCUCUCCCGCAAUGAUGAACAUAUGAUAAAUUAUUUCAUUAGGAAUAACAUUCUCAAACCAAUUAUAGACGCCUUUGUUGCUAAUGGUAAUCGUUACAAUCUUCUCAACUCUGCUGUUCUGGAACUUUUUGAGUUUAUUCGGAAGGAGAAUCUGAAAUUAUUGCUAAAACACCUAGUUGAUUCUUUUUGGGGUCAGCUGUUGAAAUUCGAGCAUUUGGCUUCAAUUCACUCAUUGAGAGUAAAAUAUGAGCAGUGUGUGGAUAAUGGUGGGACAGAUGCUGCUGCGGUAGUGGACCUUCGAAGACGAAUUGAUGAGCGUGCUGUUGAGAGAGAAGAGGAAGAACGCUACUUUAAUGAGGACAGUGAUGAAGAGGAUGCAGCGUCUGCAUCUGUUUCACGUGAUCCUAAAGGUCAUCAACAACCUAUUCUUUCCAAUGGAGUUGCUUCAAACCAUCUGCAAUCAAGUCGAAGGUCACUGGUCGACUAUGAAGAUGACGAGGAUGAUGAAGAUUAUAAGCCACCACCAAGGAAGCAGAAAGAAGCAUCAGAGGAAGAUGAGGGGAUAAUGGAGUCUCUCAGGCUGAAAAGGAAACUUCCUUCAAAGGAUAAAGAACCCGAAGUUGCGAAGAAGCAGAAGUUAACAAAGAAUUCAAAAUCUAAAGAAAGUGUUUUUGCUGCCUUGUGUUCAACAUUGAGCCAAGCUGUGCUGCCCAGUAAGAAAUCUGCAACCAAUAUUCAUACAGAUGAUCAGACAGUUGAAGGGAGGAUGAGUUCUAGUGAAGACAAUCAGGAAGACAGACAAAAUGAUUCUAGAAGCAGCUCUGAUGAUAGCAACAUAGGAGGAGCGGAAGAUAACCACGCGGAGAAAGAUACUUCAGCCUCUAGAAGUUUUUCUGAUCGUUUACAUGCAAAAUCCGAUAACAUAGAAUUGGGUGGCGAGGAACGUCCCCUGGUUCCCCCUAAAUCGUCGCCAGAGAUGGCUGUAAAUGGAUCAUAA